GGAAGUUAUUGAGCUAUUUUUAUUUUCUGCGCUCAGGCUGACGUAAGUAACCGGAAGUGAAAUUUCAGUGACGCAAUCCGGUGUGACAAGAAAAUAAGUGCAUACAUUACUUUUUGCCUAGUCAUGUUUACGAUGCUUUCACUUUAAAGCAAAAUGGCUGACAGCAUGAACGAAACUCUGGCUGAUUCUUCAGCCAGCGGAAUAGAAAGGAACUUGGAGAAAUUGACCCUAGAAGAGGAGCAAAACACAGCAAGAGACGAAACACCCGAGCCGAAAAGUUACAGCAGCGAUACGAGAUCGAGAGAAGAAGUAAGAAAAAAGCUCUUCGCUGAUGGCGACAAAACGCCAAAGUGGCAAGAUGGGGAAUGGCUAGAGAGCCAUCCAUGGCAAGACAAGACACCAAGUUGCCAAGAAACAAUGGAUACGACCAUCAACGUGUCGAAAGUGUACACUGUGUCACAAGACUGGCAAGAUGGUGCAAACGUUGAUCUCAAAGAGAUCUAUUCCAAGCUUUCGACAUUUAUUAAUAAAAUGAAAGGACGAUCGAUUCGCCAGGAGCUGGAAGAUAUAUUACAAAUCGAUGGAAACUCACUUAAAUUAGACACAAAUUCAACAUUGCUGAAGGCGAUUAAUUUUGAAAAGGUGAAGCGCACCCCACAUUUGCUUGAAAUAACUCAAAAGCAAGAUAAUGUUCCACCAAAAGACAAGCCAUCUUAUCGUCAACCGGGUAAAAAUAACAACUUCAAGGCUUUUUCUUUAGAAAAACCACAUCAGCCAUCGCAAAAAAACUCAUGGUUCCUCGACUGCGAAUACAUGCUAAAGAUGAAUCUGCCUGAUGACUCAUUAAAGUGGUUUAAAAAUGACGAUCAGCAAGGAAAACGCAUAAAAAAAAUUAAUCCUGAAAAGGAGAAUAAAAGAUGGAUUUUUAUACCAUCUUUCCGCCGCGCCAAGAUUGCCUUGUUAGAUUGGCCCCAAGAUAACAUCGUGACUCAAGAAUCCACCAUCAGAAUACUGGUAGUGAGACCUUCAGAGUUUGAAGAGUACGUGUCUUGCUGCGGGCACGAGUUCCCUAUUAUAUGCCUUCCACAAGAUGAAAUCGGAGCAGGCUAUCCACGAUACUGGAUCCAGAAAAUUGCUCUGCGCUUGAAGCUGCAGUUCAUCUGGAUGACUGAUGACAGCGUGGAGUGCUUCUACGAGUAUCAUCCCGAACAGAAGCCACUGGGUUCCUACGCAGCAGACAGACGAAGAAAAUUCGGCCUUGUGUUCGAGCGUAUUGAACACUUUGUCCAAGACGCCGAUGACAAUGAAAAGCCUAUUGCAGCAAUGAGCCCGAGGCGAUGGAAUCCGCUAUGUCAACCUAAAAAGCCAUUUUCUCGUAAGCCUCCACAGGUUGCUGUCUACCUCAACCUCAGAGCACUGUCGGAAAAGAAUGUUUACUAUCGACCAGAACUUAAAACAUUUGAAGACAUGAUAUUUGGAUAUGAAUGCGAGCAGAAGGGUUUGAAAGUUUACAGGGAUAACCGCAUUCCUUUACAAGACCACCAAUGGAAGGACACCGGAGCCAGCAGCCCAUCAGUUAAAAACAUGUGAACCAAUAACGGCAGUUAAUACCGAAAUGUUCAAGAAAAUCAAAACAAACAUGUCUAAUGAAUGUGAGCUCUUGAAAGACUUGGAAACUCUUAACAAUCAUAAAACAAUACUUUGUUGUCCUACACGAGGGGAAAGGAUUGACAAUCAUUGCAAGGAAUCCCAUAGACAUGUCUACUUUAGACUAAUGAAAAGUAAAAACCGAGUUCCAUUGUAUUUUGUCAACUGCAAUAUUUGCUUGUUCAUUUACUGUAUGUAACUAGCAUCACAGUGUUAAUUACAUUGACACUGAAUUAAUGUGAUUAUUUACUGAGGUGGCAGGAUCAAAGACUUUGCACAUUCCAUUAUGAUUUUCUUUAGUUGAAAUAUGUUUCAAUUUUUUUUUAGCGUUAGCUUGCUUUGUAUACCUACUGUCAUUUACCUUCCUAACAGGCAAGUGUUUACUCAGUAAAACAAAAGGAAGCAUUCAAAAUAGAAUGUUCUUGAAGUACACGUUGAUUUCAGUGUUUUAAAGCUGUUUGCAGAUAGCUGCCAACCAAUUGCUAGUCCAAGUUUUAAAUAUUUUAGCUAGAACCCAAUUCCUCGGGAUUGGCAUAGAAAUUGUCAUGUGAUGUGAAGUUUUUAAUGACUGUAUGUAGAGUCUACAAGGAUGGGCUGAUAAAUACUUAAGAGCCUGGACCAUGGUUCCUUCCCAGAUUUCCUGCCAUGUUUUUUCUAAACCGGAGUUUUUUUCUGGCAGGAGGAUUUUUUUUGGCUUCUGUUCAAACAGAGUCUCUGUAAAUGUUACAAUUAGAGACGCUCAUAGACAUAAUAUUACGAAUUAGGAUCGAUAAACUUAAGAAGCAAUGAACACAUAGCACAGAUUGUUAAGGUUGCAUGAGCAUGCUAUAUUGGCACUUCUAAUAAAGUUAAUAAAUGCUUGCAAAAAAAGA